UUCUCCCUCUCCCCUCUCUCCUCUCUCUCACCGCUGUACGUACGUACGUAAAGGACUGCAAAAGGCGUCAGCGGAUCUGCCCAUCCGAUCAAUUGCAUCCGAGCUCCAUCGGCUCAUCUCACUUAAUUCGACCGCCCAGCAACUUCCCAUCUGUUUCAGCGCCUGUUAGCCACCGAGAGCAUCCCAUCUGCCCCUCACCCAGCCGCACUGCAACUGACUGUCCGGCAUCUCAAUUCAAUUGCCCUUCAGCAAUGGCCCUCAUCUCCCGCCAGAUGGUCCUGCUCGCCGCCUCUCUGCUGCUGAUGGCCGUGUGGAUGCCAUCGACGGCCGUGGCCCUGGCCGCUGACGAGGGCCUGACGACAGUGGACGACCAGCUGCUGCUGAGCGAUGAGGAUGUCGAUGAGCCGUUGGUGUCGUCUGGCGGUCUCCGGGGUUUGCAGUCGUGCAUUGCCUCUUACUCAAAGAAACAGUGCAAGAAGACCUCACACUGCUGCUCACACAAGUAAGUAGGCCAAAUCGACAGACAGAGGAGGCUCAUGGCGAUGCGUGUGAUGGCUCUGUGUGUGUGUGUGUGUGUGUCUAUAUCGGUGCAGCUGUGUGAAUGGUCAGUGCCGCAAGGGCGGCGAUCUGAAUGGCAUUGGCCAGCGCUGUCGGUACGAUAACGACUGCCACUCACAUUACUGCUCGAAUGGCAAAUGUGAGCCACACACUCACACAGGGGGGCCAAUGUGGGCGUCAUGCAUUCUCCCUUCCGUGUGUGAUGUGAUGUGUGCAUUAGGCAAGGAGAGGGGCCACCAUGGCGACCACCAUGACGACCAUAACGACCAUGACAACCACCAUGACGACAGGUGCAAGAAGGACCACGAUUGUAAGCGUGGCUUCUACUGCUGGAAGAAACACCAUGACCACAAAUACGGCAAAUGUAAGCGACGAAUCACACAGUGGGCAGACAGACAAACAGACAGACCUAUGUAUGGGCCGUGUUCAUCCAAUGUGUCCAUGUGUGUGUCUUCAGGCCGUCGGCAUUAGGCGUCCAUCUCAGACACUGCGGCUCGUGUAUCGCUCUUUGCUCAUGUGAGAGGGGACGGCGCUAGUCUCGCUGUCUCCCUGUCUAUCUGUCUGUCUGUCUGUCUGUUGUGUUGUGCCUUGUUUGUACAGUCAAUCACAUGACGUCUGUCUGUCUUUCAGUCUGUUGUGUCUUUGAUGUCGUGUGGCUUUGCAGUCAGUGUGAUUAUUAAGGGUGGGGGGAUGUCACUGACCAUUGGGGGCGGUGAGCCCUAAGAUGCAUUCGUAUUGUUUAUACGAGAGGGAGAGAGAGAGAGAGAGAGAGAGAGAAUAGUCCUGGUGAGUGUUGUGGGCAGAGAAGAUGGCUGCCACACACAUUAAUUGAUUGCACACAUACAUGCAGUGGUUCGUGGGUGUCUGGGGGAUACACACAUAGUGUGGUGUGUGCGUGUUUUGGGUAGUAGCAUCCUGUGCGUGACGUGAUAGUAGGCUGGUCUCACUCAACUCAAUGGGUGUUUUUUCAUACCGUAGAGAGAUCGCGACAGAGAUCUGGACAGACAUACGCGCGUUUUCUGAACAUAUGGGGGUGAGAAAGGGCUGUUUUCUUGAUGCUUACGAAGGUCAUCCCAUGAG